AUGACGGCACGUCAAACGUCACCCACGUCAGACCACUCCCACUCGGACAAUAAUGUUCGCAAGAGGGUCUGUAAGGCAUGUGACCGGUGUAGACUGAAGAAAUCCAAGUGUGACGGAGGCAAUCCUUGCGGUCGGUGUAAGGCGGACAAUGCCAUCUGCGUCUUUGGCGAGAGGAAGAAGGCUCAUGACAAAGUGUACCCCAAGGGAUACGUUGAGAUGCUGGAACAACAACAAGCAUGGCUAGUACACGCUCUGCAAGACCUGUAUCGCCGCGCCAGCGAAGGCGAAGGGUGGCCCGGCGAGCUCUUGAAAUGCGAACCCAACGGUCACCCGCUCACCCACGAUGUGCUUACUCGACUGGGGGUCUUGGAUCGCCAAAAAGGCGAACACUUUGAGGAAAACCCGGAUGUGAUGCAGCAAGAACUGUGGAAGCAGAAUGCAGGGCACAUGCAGCGUCAGGACUCGUCCGAUGGCAGCUCCGAGACCGCACAAUCCCCCGUCGUACCGUCGCGCUUCUCCGAUGCCUUCUCUCGACCGCUGCCGCCCUCGCCCACCACCUUCAGUCCUUCUUCACGAACACAAGGGCCGACGAUCAAGUCGGAGCCACAAAUGACGCCAAACAACCCGGCAUACGUGGCGCCGCUAGCCAUGCAAGGGGUGGUGAACCCCGUCGCAUUGCAAGCGCCACAGCAAUGGUCCAACAACAGUUUUGCGCCGUACGAUGAGAUGGACCUCAUGGCCACACCCGAUUAUGCGAAUUUCGCGUUUGAUGACCCCAUCUCAUCGCCCAUGUUCAACCGCCAAGUCCCGAUGAACUGCAUGGUCUCUUCGUCGUAUAUGGACACCAAGAAUGACUACGAAGAUAUCAGCCAGUUCCUAAAUGCCAACGCGCCCGAAAUCGCCUCCACGUGA